AUGUGUCGCGUUCACGCACACGGCGACGCGCGAGCCUCGACCGCCCGCGAACGCGUGAUUCGCGCGCUUCGGACGUCGUCGCGUCCACGCGGAGCGCGCCUCGACGGUCGGACGCGCGGUCGGCCGCGACGCGACGGCGACGGCGGCGCGCUCGUCGGUGCGGCGACGACGAUGAAAUCGACGAUGAAAUCAUCUUCGCCUCUUCGCCCCCGCGCGCGCGCGACGGCGAUCGCGCUCGCGCUCGCGGCGCUCUGCGCGUCGUUCGUCCCGACCGCGCGCGCGCAGAACAACUUCUACGCGCUCGAGGAGCUCCAGACGCCGCCGGCGAUAUCGUGGCUGUACCCCCCGAAAGGGCACAUCAUCGGCGGCACCGUCGUCACGAUCUACGGCUCCGGGUUCAAGCGGUCCGCGACCGGGAAGAUCCGAUUCGCGAGCGAGAACCAGAUCGAGGAGGUGCUGUACACGUACGUCAGCGACAGCGAAGCGCACGUCGUGACCCCGACGCGCUCCUCCCCCGGCACCGCGCACGUCUCCGCGUCCAACGACGGGAGCGAGUUCAGCGCGUUCCCGCUCGUGUACACCAAAGGCUCGGGGACGUUUCUCAAGUUUAUAUUCGACAACUCCGAGGCCGGGUGCCUGGACUGUCUGAACAGCGCGGACGGCGUCGGGCUGAACCCGCUGCAGAUCACGGAGAUGUGGCACCUGGACAACGCGACGGGGCCGUACGUCGGCGGCACGGAGGUGACGAUCACCGCGAGAGGGCUCGACUGGGCCGCCGCGGGGAUCGCGCCGACCGAUCUCACCAUGCCGGGGACGGGACAGCUGUACAACGGCCCGGUCGGGGGACCGGGGACGCCGCACCCGCACAACGUCGACCCAAUGAGCUCGGGGAACGGGCCGCCGGUGACGGGGACGUUUUACCCGCACAAGAUGCUCGCGUGCAAGUGGAUAUGCUACCUCGAUAUGGAUCAAGACCCGACGACGGGGACGGAUUACGCGUACGCCGACGGCGUCGAACACGUCGUCUCGAGCGAAUGGAUCGACGCCAGGUGGAAGGACUACACGGAGAUCACGUGCGAGUCGCCCGCGAUGACGGUGCCCACCGCGUCCGCGGGAGGACCCGCCGACAUCGCGCCGACGCGGUGUAACAUCCACUGGAAAUACGAAGACAAGAGGCCGACGGUGACGAACAUCAAGACGAACCAAUUCUCGGUGUGGCCCGCGCGCGGGCCGUUCAUGGGGAACACCGAGGUCACCAUCACCGGCACGGACUUCUUGCCCUCGAAGUACUUGAAGUGCAAGUUUGGCGGCGUGAACAGCGCGGCGGGCGCGGCGUCGUACGUCGAAGACGACAUCUCGCACGUCGUCGGCGAACCCGGCGGACGCGCGCGGUACGUCUCCUCCACGGAGAUUGUCUGCGUCACCCCCGUGUUUGGUCCCGCGGCCGCGGCGGCGCAGUACCCGCCCGGGACGCUCGAGGGCUCCGUCGGCGCGGGCGCGAUCUUGGAGAUUGACGCGUACGGCCCCGGGGCGGCGUCGGCGACGGCGGGGGAGGAGAUCACGUCGGUUGAAAUCAUCUCCGGAGGACGCGGGUACCAAACUCCGCCGUUGAUCACGAUCGAGGGCGGCGGCGGGUGCUGCGCGAGGCUCACCGCGACGGUGGACGCGCACGGCGCGAUCGACACCGUGACCAUCGCGGAGGGCGGCGCGGGGUACAACAUGGGCGUCAACGCGACGGCGACGGCGGUGAUCACGAACCGAGGGUACCUGGACAACGUCGCGAAGAUCGUCGUCGACGCCGGCGGGACCGGGUACCGCGUGCCCCCGGACGUCGUCUUCUCGUGCGCGUCCGGCGGCGACUCGUGCUUCCAGAAGGGCGACGCGAGCUCCGGCUCGAAGACGCCGGCGUGGAGCCCCGGGAGGCACGCCACGGCGCGCGCGAUCAUGGCGCCGGACGUCGACUGCCCGUCGCCGUUUUUCACGUGCGCCGGGAAAACCGCCGUCGCGUCCAUCGAGGUGACGUUCGCGGGGGCGUACUACACCGAGGCGCCGGUGGUGACGAUAGUGCCGGCGAAGCCGUUCGUGAGGGUCACGCCGAUGGAGAUCAACCCGACGCUGCUGUUCCGCGACGACCCGUCGCAGGUUGGGUAUUACAGCAAGCAGGGGAAGAGCGUGGACGAGCUGGAUCCGGAGGUGGCGCACGGGUCGUGGCCGGACGGCGCGGAGGACACCACGAUCCACUACCCCGUCACGUUCCCGGGAUCGACGCCCACGGAGGUGGACAGCGCGUACGGGAUCCCGGGUAUUCGAAACGGUCGACUACCGGGCGUCAGCGAUAAGAAGUGCGCGAAGACGCUCGCGGACUGCCCCCACGGCGUAUACGGGUGGAAGUCGUGCAUGCGGUGCCCAGAGUUGAGGAACCCGGAGGAUCGCGGGCCGCUUCUUCCGCCGCUCGGGCGCGCGUACAUGGACGGCAGCGUGAAACCCGGGCACCAAGAACUCGUCAGGGUGUCGAACAACUACCACAAGUUUGGCGCGUUCGUCGGCGAGGAGACGACGCGGACGCACUUUGGGUACCGGAACGAAUCCCUCGCCGUCGCCGGCGACGCCGCCGCGCAAGGGUACUGGCUCUGGUCCGAAUCCGGAAUGACCGCGGACGAGAUGAACCGCUGCCGCGUCUCGACGAACCCGCCCGUGCACCCGAUGUACGGCUUCCUCGAAGGCCACGGCCUCGACGCCGCGCUCGGUCUGGGCACCGCGGACGACGAGUUCACGCUCGGCGGCGGCGGCGGCUCCAACAACCUCCUCUACCUCGACGGGUCCUCCGUCGGCGGCGCGCCAGGCUCGGGAGCGACCGCGAUCGCGCAGCUGUCCGACACGGAUGCCAACUGCGCGGCGAGCGGGAAGUGCUACGUCGCCGCGAUCGUGGUGACGAACCCGGGCAAGGGCUACAUGUACCCGCCCGCGGUGCGGAUCGCCGUGGACACGAGCGGCGGCGCCGCGGAGGUUGGCUACGGCGCCGUCGGCGUCGCCGUCAUCUCCGGCGGCACCGUCCUUCGCGUAGAGGUGGAUCCGCUGUCUCGAGGGAUCGGAUACGUGAAACCGCCGAUCGUGACGCUCGCCGCGGUCAGGGAGGCGACGACGUACGACGCCGGGACCGGUCAGGGCUCGUACGCGAUCGAUCAGUCCGCGAACAGCGUGUGGACGGGGCAGUACCGGCAGACGUCCAACCUGGACGUGGGUCACGGCGCGUUUCCGGGGCACCCGGGGAACACGAACCUCGGUCACCCCCGAAAGGACUGCAUCUACUUCUUCUACUCGGACGUGUACGUGUCGCCGUCCGGAAGCGACAGCACCGGUCAGGGGACCGCGGGACGCCCGUAUCGCACCGUGCAAAAGUGCAUCGACGCGUCGCUCGCGGGGGCGAGGGAUUAUUACGUCUACAAGAGAGCCGACGGCGGCGACCGCGACCCGGCGAUUCCGGACGGGACCGCGCGGUACGGGACCGAGUCCGCGGGCGAGAGAGUGGACGCGACCGCGCCGGGCGGGAACACGCCCACGGGUCGGGAUAAGGGGUACACCGGGCGCCAGGUGCGAAACUACAACGCGAGGAAGACGGGGUUGGGGAAGAGCGGGAAGGACCGAGAGAGAGACUCGGCGAAGGGUUUCGGGUACACCGUGAACCGCGACCGGUGCAUCCUCAAAGACGGCGUGUACUGGGGCGAGGGCAACCGAGACCUUCAACCGCACGGGCACGUCGUGGAGGUGUGGGCGGAGAACGCGAACAACGUCACGAUCGACUGCGGGGGACGGUCCAUAGGCAAACACGUCUUCACCGCGGAUAAGCACGGCGGCGAGCGAGCCACCGUCGUCGGGAGCGUCAACGUCCAGGGCGUCGUCAUGCGGCGGUGUAACAUCCGCGCGGACCCGAAGCCGAACUACCGGCCGUACUACCCCGGGAGGCCGGGGUACGGGCCGGGGACGCGGAACCCGAACGGGCAGAUGUGCUGGCCGGGCGCGACGGGGUGCCAGGCGAGGCAAGGCGUCGACGGGAUGGCGGCGGGGCAGUGAGCGCGCUUCGCUCGAGACGACCGCGACGCGAUGACUUUAAUAAUACAGUAUGAUAUAUGAUAUCAC